CGGAGAGACGGAAUCGGAGCGGGACGCGGGAUGGAGUCCGGGCCCAGGGAGUGAGGCGCAGGGGUGUGUGUGUGUGUGUGUGUGUGUGUGUGUGUGUGUGUUUCGGGGCGGUAUGGGUCGGGACAGGGACAGGGGGUGCCUGGCCCUCAGGGUGAGCGUUCUGCUGGCAGCGCUCUGCGUCUGCGUCCACCUGUACCUGGAGCUCCCCGCUCUCCGCCCGGGCACGCCCGCCCGGGCCCCGCCGUCGCCGGGGAGACCCCCGCGCCCGGGACGGGCCGCCACCGCGGGCGGGGAGCGGGGCGGGGCUCCGGAGCGGAGCGGCGACGAGGCGGCGGUUAAGAGGAGGGUCACCUACGUCAGGACCCUGAAGAGGGACGCGGAGGCCCUCAGGGAGGCCCCGGCCGGAGGAGAGGCCCCGGCCGGAGGAGAGGCCCCGGCCGUCAGGGAGGCCCCUGCCGGAGGAGAGGCCCCCACAGACUGCUGCCCGCCCCUCCACCCGCGCAGGAAGGGUUAAAGGGCCAACGCUGGGUGUGGGGCCCGUUCCACGAAGCAGGAUCACAGAGUUAGCCAGAUGACUGCAACGGGUACAAACCGGACCGCGCCCCCCAAAUCUGGAACACGGACCGGAGUGGG